GUGCUUCCUGGAGCACGGCAGAGGUCACAAAUCAUGUGACGACGGCUUUUGGAGGAGACUUUUUGAAGCUGUCCCUGAAUUUGCAGCUGAGAGAACACGGCAACCCAGCAAACCAGGAGUGGAGAUUGAUCCUGCGGGAGAAAGGGGUUCAUCAUGGCGGAUGACCUGAAGCGAUUCCUGUAUAAAAAAUUACCAAGUGUUGAAGGGCUCCAUGCUAUCGUUGUGUCAGAUAGAGAUGGAGUGCCUGUUAUUAAAGUGGCCAAUGAUAAUGCUCCAGAACAUGCUUUGAGACCUGGUUUCUUAUCUACUUUUGCCCUGGCAACAGAUCAAGGGAGCAAACUUGGACUUUCAAAAAAUAAAAGUAUCAUCUGUUACUAUAACACCUACCAGGUGGUUCAAUUCAAUCGUUUACCUUUGGUGGUGAGUUUCAUAGCCAGCAGCAAUGCCAAUACAGAAGCCGAGAAGUACCAUGAUCUGCAAGCUAGAGAACCAGGGGAGCCACUGGUGUAAAUCCACUGAGGGCAGAAGAUAAGAUGUCCCAACUCAUGGGUGAGGCAAACAAAGGGGCAAAUUCCUCCUUUCUCCAGCUUUUGUUUUAUUCAGACUCUCAGUGAGUUGGAUGAACCCCACCCUCACUGCAGAGUGCAAUCCACUUAGUCCGCAGAUGGAAUGGUACGGAAACAUCCUCGAAGACACGAAAUGUUUGAUUUGAGCACCCUGUGACCAGUCAAGUUGAUUAAAAGAAAUUGUCCUCCCACCCAGCAAUUCCAUUUCUAGAAAUUUCUACUGAUACAAAAGCAUGUGCAAGAUUAUAUAUUUAUAAGUGUAUUCAUUGCACCUUGGUAAUGACAAAGGAAUGGAAACAACCUGAAUGACUCCUCAUAGACAGGGUGAUCCUAUGUUCUGGGCUUAACAUACCAGUUAUACCUGCUGGUUUUGGUGUAAUCAUUAACACUCCUUUCAUCUGUCAAGUGUCCCACUUUAGGUAAGAAAUUAUUUGGUCACCCUAAUUGUGGAGGAUUGGUUACAUUAAUGACUACAUUUGCCCAAUGAAAAAAAGAAUGGAGAAGUUCUUUAGUUACUGACAUAGAAAUCCAUGACAUGACGUUCAGUGACAAAAGCAUGGUGUGAGAUUGCAUGGUAUGCUGCAGUUUAUAUAUAAGAAGAAAAAUACAUGCGUGUGUUCAUGUUUGAUUGCAUAUGGUAGACUUGUCUCUGAAGAUACACAGAAGAACCUGGUGGCACUAGUAGACUAGGCACCUGGGGGACAGGGAGCCCACGACUGAGCCUUUUUACUGUCAACUUCAUUGGUGGUUUCUGAAUUUUUAAAUUCAAACACAAUAAAAUUUAAGUAUUCCAGCAAA